UUCCUAAAAGACAAGUCACCCCUUAGGUGAUGGAGAAAAAUCUUAAGUUCCUGCAAAGUCUAGUCCCUGGGAGUUUCAGACCUUAAGUCAAACCUUGAGUCCUAACUGAGUUUACCGCCUCUUCCAGAAUCAUCAGCAUCAUGCUAUUACAGCCCAAGACCAAGGGAGCCUUUGACUCCUUCAUUCCAAAGGGUAUCAAUAUCCCCCCAAAAGAGAAACUUGAACACAUCUACCAAAAAGAAGAUAACCUGCAGGAUGGUCUGCAAAAAGAAGCCACGGUUCUUGGAACUAUCCAGAUCCUGUGUUCCCUGGCGAUUUCAAGUUUGGGGGCCAUUUUGGUUUCUGCUCCCUACUCUUCCCACUUCAACCCAGCAGUUUCCACCAUUUUGAUGUCCGGGUACCCAUUUGGAGGAGCUCUGUGUUUUGCCAUUACUGGAUCCCUCUCAAUUAUCUCUGGGAAAAAAUCAACUAAGCCCUUUGCCAUGAGCAGCCUGACCUCAAAUGCAGUGAGCUCUGUGGCUGCUGGAGCAGGCCUCCUCCUCCUCGCUCACAGCCUGGUGGCCCUGGGGACUGCCUCUCAACAGUGUGACUCAGACAAGGACUAUCUAUCCUCAUUGCCUUAUUUGAGGUACUAUUAUUCAAUACACGAAGUCAAGGACUGUUUCCUGGCCAAUGUCAGUCUAACAGGUGUGCUGCUGGUGAUGCUCACCUUCACUGUGCUGGAACUCUUACUAGCUGCCUACGCCUCUGUCCUUUGGUGGAAACAGGUCUACUCGGAGAACCCUGGGAGUGCGUUAUCCUUGCCUCACUCACAAGAUCACACCCAACAUGUCAAAAAGAAUUCUUCAAGGUCAUGGAUAUGAGUCAUUCUUGGCCUUAGAGAAAAAAGGAGGAGAAAUCCAGUGCUCACGGCAAAGUGCGAUUAGACUUUUCUGAAAUUCUACUUUAGAAAGAAAC